AUGCAGAUCGGCGAGAAAGGAUCGGACGACCUUGUACACAUGCUCGGCCUCAAGGCCGUCGAAGCGCUCAACAUCAGCCAGCUUCACGAUCGGGAUUACGAACACGGACACGCCGAGGAGGACGACGGCGACGAGUGGAACGUCGGAGCUGUGCUCAUCGCCAAGGCCGUCACCAUGGUAACCCUGUGCCUCGUCAGUAUCGUUAUGGGCCUCAUACCGAUGCAGAUUGCCAAGUGCUUCAAAGUUCUGUCGAGCGAUCAAGUGGCAAAUCCCAGCUCUCUUAAAUACGUCAGCCUGUUGCUGGGAUUCGGAGGCGGAGUUUUAUUUUGCACGACUUUUUUGCACAUGCUGCCGGAAGUGGAGGAAGGCGUCGAGCAUCUGACGAGCGAAGGAAUCCUUCCGCAUCUCGACUUCUCCUUAGCUAAGAUCCUUUGCUGCACCGGAUUCUUCAUCAUGUAUCUCAUUGAAGAGAUCGUCCAUACUCAUUUGAGGCACAGGCAUCCGGAAAAAGCGUCGAUCGACGCAACGUCGAAGACCAGCAGUAACGUUAACAUCUACACGAACGAAUCGAUCGAGAAUUACGGGAGCGUCGCUAAUAGAAAAUGGAAGGAUCAGGAGAAGCCCUGCGACAUCGGCCAUACGCAUCUCAACAUCAUCGAAGACUGCGAGAGCUUUCACGCGGGUGCAAUAAGAGGUCUAUUGAUUGUUCUUGGCCUCUCGGUCCACGAAUUGUUCGAAGGCCUCGCCAUUGGCCUCGAAAGCUCCGCCGGAUAUGUAUGGUACAUGUUCGGCGCUGUCGCGGCCCACAAAUUCAUCAUCGCCUUCUGCAUCGGCGUCGAACUGACGACCUCGCGCACCAAGGCCGUGCUCAGCUACAUCUACGUUUGCAUGUUCGCCGUCGUCUCGCCCCUGGGAAUUGGCAUCGGGAUGCUCCUCGUCGGCGGUGACAGCGCAGCAGCCAGUGGACCAGCCGCUGUUACGUUGCAGGUCAGUCAUUGUUGUGGGGGCUGGAAGAUCGACUUGGGAAGUCCAUCUGGCAAAUGA